AUGUCCAGCGACUUCGACGACGACGAUGACGAGUUGUUGCAGGCGUUGAUCACCGGCAAGGUCGACGGCCAGUUGUACCGAGCAGAUGGCGAAAUUGCCAUCUUGAGAGCCCAGUUGGUUCAGCUCCAGAACCAGAAACAACAGGAGCUCCUCCAAUUGAAGGAAAGCUACGAGCAGACCAAAAAGAACAACGACGAACAGACGGCCCUACUCAAGCACGCAGUACAGCGGUUGGAGGACGAGAAGAAGUUCUUGAACAACGAGUUGCGGACCACGUCCUACUCCAAGCGCCGCAAGACCGCGUCUUCCAGCCAGGGAAAGCCCCUUCCACGCGACGACUGGGACCAGCUAGACUCGUCUGUGUCCAGCCUGGAGCCCCACCAAGUCUCUGUAAGCCUAUCAACGCCUUCAGAGGCUCCAGCCCCGUCGCUUCAAAUCGCACCCAUGCCCCACAAAGUGAUCAAGCUCCAGAACGAGUCGUCGGUGCUCAUCGACCACUUGUGGAACUAUUGCAUCAGCGGAAGCUCGCGUACGUGCUUGGACUACUUGAGUAAGGUGUGUAUAGACUUCGACUUGAAGGUGGAGGACCUCAAGAUCGUCAAACGAACGGCCAUUUCUUCGGGAAUCACCGAAUUCUUGAUGAUCAAAAAGAACAUGCGGUUAGACGAGUUGGUCGAAUCGUUCUGUGUGGUGCUCUUUGAGGUCAUCGACAAAUUGCUACUUGAACAGAAAAUCCUAGCAGUUCCGUUCCUUAUUGCGUUGAUCCAUUGUGCCAUUUGCUACCGGCCAAUUGCAGUCGGAAAGUCACUAAUCGUGACUCUACUCGAAAAGCUAAAGAGGCAGACAGACCGAUUGUCGUUUUUGGUGGACUCCAACUUGGACGAAGAGGAUCUCAUUAACUACCAUGAUGUCCCCAAUCAAGUGAUGGUGAUAGAAAAAUUCAUUUUCAUCUUUUUUGUCGACUUGAUUGAGAAAUUGGUCACAUUUGCAUCACUACACGAUGAGCCGUUCGUGCGGCAGAUAUGGAAGGAUGAAACCAUCUCCACCGACUUGUUUGUGAAGUGUUUGCCAGAAAAUACCGAACGAUUCAAAAAUUCGUCGCAGAUCAACUUGGUCACGAACUAUGUGGAGAUGUUGAUCUCCUCUAUAACACCGUCUACCUUUGGAUAUAACCAGGGGAGAGGCGAAGUGUUGAACGAUUUCAAAAUCAUGAAUUCCUUGAUCAAGAUUUUUCUCAUUGAUAUUUCACUCAAAGAUGAUUUUAUGUUUUAUGGAUUGAAUAGAAUAAUUGGAAACAAUGCCGAUUUCAAGAAAAUCGACUCCAUUAUUCCUGUUGACGAUGACUCCUUGAAGAACUACAUCAUACUUAUUCCCCAGCCCAUCCCAAUGGAUUUGCUAGACCAAAAUACUCUGUCAGACUUCGAGGUGCAAUCGUUGCAUGAAUUUCACUUAUUGAACCUAAGGCUAAAGGUGGGCCAACUUAUUGAGGCAUACGUAGUGACCAAACAAUCAGUGGACAUAUUGAAGCAGAAGGAAUACUUCAAGUCCAUCAUCAGAAUCAUCGGGUUUGAGCAGAUAUAUAUCAUGAGAUCCCCCAGAUCGAAGUAUAUCCGGUUACGCAUACAGAUCGUCUCGAUACUAGUCAAGAUCUUGAAUUAUCUAACACAAGACAUCCGGGAAAUCAAUAAUCUCAUAUAUCCAGAGACCAUGUAUGAGAUGUUUGUGGUCUUACUGAGAAUAGCCUUUGGUUCUGAUUCCUUGUCGAUUGAUGCCUACAAGUUAUUAACAGAGAUACGAAAGAUGGGUAUUAGAAAACCUGUUUUCAAUGCAUGGAGUGAAUCCAAAGCACGGGAGUUGAACCACGUGAAUUACCAGGAUGUGGAUGGUAAAGUUUUGGCAGAUAUUGAGAGUGACUUUGCCAAUGGGUUUGAAUUUCCCUACGAGAUUGAUACUGUAGAGUUGGCGAGAGAGAUCUUGAACAUAUUUGUCACCCACGAAGAGGCUGAUAACUUGUAUUUUAAUAUGAAUCCUAGCGAGGUUCAGAAUUUUGAUGAAAUGGAUUUGGUGGAAUAGAAUUGGUGAAAUUGGAGGAUAUGAAGAAAAGGCAACUCCGGAAGAUCUAAGUAUAACGAAUUGAACCUGCCAGGUGGUGGGUGAGAUGGAAUGAGAGAUGGAAUGAGUUAGGUUGGUUAGUAGAUGUAUACGAUAUACAGGUAUAUCCCAGCAAUUGCGUAGUACACCAAGGUGACGAAACGCAGCAUAAUGUUCAACUGACUG